AUGUCGAAAAGCAAAGCUAUAUUGUUGAGGGUACAAUCUCCGGAAGGCACCAAGCGCGUAGAAGUCACCCCAUCUUCCACGACCUGCCAGCUGUUCGAGGCCGUGCACGACACCUUCAACCUCAACAGCUUCGCGUUCGCCUUGUACAAAGAGAAAAACAAGAAGGAUGAAAUCGCCAGCAGCAAAUCGAAGACUAUACUCAAUUCGGGCCUGCGACACGGCGACAUGAUAUAUCUGGCGCCCGUCAACGGAGCCGCUCUAUUCAGCAACAAUUCACCGGCCGGUGAACCAGCCGAUGAAUGUUUACCUUCGACUAGUAACAACGCUCCUUCGAGGCCUACGAGCAAAUCCAGCGCCGGCUCAACCAACAAAGAAGACGAAGUCGAUGUACAGUUGAUGAAAAUCGAUGGGAAAGUGGAAAGGCAAAAAGACGAUAAACUUUGUCGGCACAACAGCAAUUCGAGAUGCGUCCAUUGCUCGUCGCUGGAGCCCUACGACGAGGCCUAUCUGAAAGAGCACAACAUCAAGCACCUGUCGUUUCACUCGUACUUGCGCAAAAUGAUGUCGGGCGUCGAUCGCGGCAAAUUCCUGUCGCUCGAGGACAUAUCCUGUCGCAUCAAAGACGGCUGCAAGGACCAUCCGCCGUGGCCUAAAGGCAUUUGCUCCAAAUGCCAACCGAACGCCAUUACUCUCAAUAUGCAAGCAUACAGGCACGUCGAUAACGUGACGUUCGAGAAUACGAAUUUGGUCGAACGGUUCCUGAAUUAUUGGAGAGUUACAGGCCAUCAGAGAAUCGGGUUCUUGUACGGUACUUACGAAAUCCAUCCCGACGUACCGUUAGGUAUCAAAGCCAACGUGGUGGCGAUCUACGAACCGCCGCAGGAGAGCGGCCAGAACCAGGUCCGUUUGGCGCCCGAUCCGCGCGAAGAACUGGUCGAAUUCAUCGCGAAUUCGUUGGGUUUGCGCCGCGUCGGUUGGAUAUUCACCGAUUUGCUGGCCGACGACGUGCAAAAGGGCACCGUCAAAUUCAUCAGGAACAUCGACAACCAUCUGUUGUCGGCGCAGGAGUGCAUCAUGGCGGGGCACUUUCAGAAUUUGUACCCGAAUUACAGCCGGUACGCCUCCAAAGGGAUAUUCGGAUCGAAAUUCGUCACCGUUUGCGUCACAGGUGACAAAACGAAUCAAGUGCACAUGGAGGGUUACCAAGUGUCCAAUCAAUGUAUGGCUCUAGUUAGAGAUAAUUGUCUGUUGCCUACGAAGGAUUGCUCGGAGUUGGGAUAUGUACGGGAAUCCACCGAUAAGCAGUACGUUCCUGACGUUUAUUAUAAGGAAAAAGAUUCGUACGGUAACGAAGUAUCCCGCCUAGCUCGUCCACUGCCAGUCGAAUACCUCCUGGUCGACGUCCCGGCGUCGACGCCCGUCGCGCCCCAAUACACCUUCAACGUCGAUCAAUCGAAGCAAUCGUUUCCGGUGGAGAACCGCUUCGUCGAGGGCCACAUCCAGGACUUCAACGCCCUGUCCGCCUAUCUCUCGCAAUUCGCCUUCAACGAAUUCGACGUGGCCAUCAACGAUUUCCAUCUGUUGAUCUACAUAUCGACGAUGGAUAUGCUGCCGAUGCGGGAAUUCAUCGAGCCGUUGCUCCGAGCGUUGAGGAACAAGGACAAGGAGGCGGCCGAGGAGUGGUCGAGAUCAGAGCAUUGGGCUACUUUGGAGCAACUUAUCGCCGCCAGUUCGCCGCCACCUUCUCGGCCCGGAAGUGUUGCAUCUGGUUCGAUAACAUCGUCUCCGGGCGUUUCGAGCGGACCAAAAUGGACGUGCCCUUAUUGUACGUUUUUGAACAACCACGACGUCCAGAAUUGCGAGAUGUGCAAUUUGCCGAGGUCGAAUCGGCCGCAUUGA